GGUAUUUCUGCUAGGCAUACUAGAAUAUUCACUAGCAAAAGUAUAAUAAUUUUGCUGUUCAUUUUGAACUGCAUGACGUCACACAACCACUCGCGCCUUGAAUCCUAACCUAAAAAACAUUGAGGUUAGGCAAACACCAAACUCGAACUGCGAAACUAAAAUUUCAAGAAGUGAUACCUGUUGAUAGAAGUGAGAUAGUCAAAUUUGUGAGCUUACUAAUGUGACGAAACGUAUAAUGACUUCAAACAAUCCAGAAGAAGGAAGUAGUAGUAUAAAAGGUGAUGAAAACUACUACGAAAUUCUUGGAUGUAACGAAGGCGCGACACUUGACGAAUUGAAGCAAAAUUAUCAGCAGUUAGUGAAAAAGCACCAUCCAGAUAAACAAGGAGAUGCUACAAGUACGGAAAAAUUCGUCAAAAUCGAUAAAGCAUUCAAAACUUUGAGAGAUGAAAAGUCAAGAAAAGAAUACGAUGCGUCGUUAUUACAGGACGAUUUCAGUGGUAGUUUGAUUUAUGCAGAGCUAAAAAAGAACGAACUUGAUUUUGUAGAUGACGAAGCUGUGUUUGUGUGUCGGUGUGGUGAGAAAAUUUCCAUCCCUAAGGAUGUUUUAAGCGAAGAGGAAAGCAUUAUUGAAUGUUCCGAGUGUACGAACUGCAUAUUAGUCAAAUAA